AAAGGAGACCUUUCUUCAUUUUUACGGACGAGGCGAGCCCACCGCGGCGAGGGGCUAAGAAGCAAAGAUGGAGAACGCUCACAUGAAAAGCACCGAGGAAUGUCUGGCCUAUUUUGGCGUCAACGAGAACACGGGUCUGUCUCCCGACCAGGUCAAGAAGAACUUCGACAAGUUUGGACCCAACGAGCUCCCUGCUGAGGAAGGAAAGUCCAUUUGGGAGCUGGUUGCAGAACAGUUUGAGGAUCUGUUAGUCCGAAUUCUGCUGCUGGCUGCAUGUAUAUCAUUCGUCCUGGCCUGGUUCGAGGAAGGCGAAGAGACCAUCACCGCUUUUGUGGAGCCCUUUGUCAUCCUCCUUAUCCUCAUCGCUAAUGCCGUUGUCGGUGUGUGGCAGGAAAGGAACGCAGAAGACGCCAUUGAGGCUCUGAAGGAAUACGAGCCCGAAAUGGGUAAAGUUUACCGCAGCGACAGAAAAUCUGUGCAAAGAAUCAAGGCCAGAGAAAUCGUCCCCGGAGACAUUGUGGAGGUGGCAGUCGGUGACAAAGUCCCAGCUGACAUCAGACUUAUCAGCAUCAAAUCCACCACCCUGCGUAUCGACCAGUCCAUCCUCACAGGAGAGUCCGUGUCUGUCAUUAAACACACAGAAGUGGUACCCGACCCCAGAGCUGUCAACCAGGACAAGAAAAACAUGCUGUUCUCCGGUACCAAUGUAGGAGCUGGUAAGGCCAUUGGCAUUGUCAUCGCCACUGGAGCCAACACUGAGAUUGGUAAAAUCCGUGAUGAGAUGGCAGCCACCGAGCAGGAGAAGACCCCUCUGCAGCAGAAGCUGGAUGAGUUUGGAGAGCAGUUGUCCAAAGUCAUCACCCUCAUCUGCAUCGCUGUCUGGAUGAUUAACAUUGGACACUUUAACGACCCCAUCCAUGGCGGCUCCUGGCUCAAAGGCGCUAUUUACUACUUCAAAAUCGCCGUUGCCCUGGCCGUAGCUGCUAUUCCAGAAGGUCUGCCCGCUGUAAUUACCACUUGCCUGGCCUUGGGUACAAGACGUAUGGCCAAGAAGAACGCCAUUGUGAGGAGCCUGCCCUCUGUGGAGACUCUGGGCUGCACAUCCGUCAUCUGCUCUGACAAGACCGGAACCCUGACCACCAACCAGAUGUCCGUCUGCAGGAUGUUCGUGAUGGACAAAGUUGAAGGAGAUUCCUGCACCCUGAACGAUUUCGCUAUCACAGGAUCCACCUACGCCCCCGAAGGAGAAGUUCUGAAGAACGAUAAGCCUACCAAGGCCGGCCAGUACGAUGGCCUGGUGGAACUGGCCACAAUCUGUGCUCUUUGUAAUGACUCUUCCCUCGACUUUAAUGAGUCCAAGGGUGUAUUUGAGAAGGUCGGUGAAGCCACCGAGACUGCGCUGACAACUCUUGUUGAGAAGAUGAACGUAUUUAACACAGACGUGAGGAGCCUGUCCAAAGUUGAGCGCGCCAAUGCCUGCAACUCUGUUAUUAGGCAGCUGAUGAAGAAAGAAUUCACCCUGGAGUUCUCCCGCGACAGAAAGUCCAUGUCUGUGUACUGCACCCCAGCCAAGGCUUCCCGCGCUGCAGUUGGAAACAAGAUGUUUGUGAAGGGUGCCCCCGAGGGUGUGAUUGACCGUUGCAACUACGUCCGCGUUGGAACAACCCGUGUCCCCCUGACUGCUCCCAUCAAGGAGAAGAUCCUGUCCGUAAUCAAGGAAUGGGGUACAGGCAGAGACACCCUGCGUUGUCUGGCUCUGGCCACCAGGGACACCCCACCAAAGAGAGAAGACAUGGUGCUUGAAGACGCCACCAAGUUUGUUGACUAUGAGACCGACCUGACCUUUGUUGGAUGCGUGGGUAUGUUGGAUCCCCCUCGUAAGGAAGUUGUAGGCUCCAUCAAGCUCUGCCGUGAAGCCGGUAUCCGUGUCAUCAUGAUCACUGGGGACAACAAGGGAACAGCUAUCGCCAUCUGCCGUCGUAUUGGCAUCUUUGGUGAGGACGACGAGGUCACAGGACGUGCCUACACCGGCCGUGAGUUUGACGACUUGCCCCCCGCCGAACAGAGAGAGGCCUGCAAACGUGCUUCCUGCUUCGCCAGAGUGGAGCCGUCACACAAGUCCAAGAUCGUUGAGUUCCUGCAGUCCUUCGAUGAGAUCACAGCUAUGACUGGUGAUGGUGUAAAUGAUGCCCCAGCCCUGAAAAAGGCUGAGAUCGGUAUUGCUAUGGGUUCUGGAACAGCUGUGGCCAAGACAGCUUCCGAGAUGGUGUUGGCUGAUGAUAACUUCUCCACCAUUGUGGCUGCAGUAGAAGAGGGUCGUGCCAUUUACAACAACAUGAAGCAAUUUAUCCGCUACCUCAUCUCCUCCAAUGUAGGAGAGGUCGUCUGUAUUUUCUUGACUGCUGCUCUGGGUCUGCCUGAGGCUUUGAUCCCCGUACAACUUCUCUGGGUGAACUUGGUCACAGACGGUCUGCCAGCCACAGCCCUGGGCUUCAACCCCCCUGAUCUGGACAUCAUGGACAGGCCACCCCGUAGCCCCAAGGAGCCCCUCAUCAGCGGAUGGCUGUUCUUCCGCUACAUGGCCAUUGGAGGUUAUGUAGGUGCUGCCACCGUCGGAGCUGCUGCCUGGUGGUUCUUGUACGCUGAAGAUGGCCCUGGAGUUACUUUCUACCAGCUGAGCCACUUCAUGCAGUGCACAGAAGACAACUCAGAGUUUGAGGGCCUGGAGUGUGAAAUCUUUGAGUCUCCAGUUCCCAUGACCAUGGCGCUGUCUGUGCUCGUCACCAUCGAGAUGUGCAACGCUCUUAACAGUUUAUCAGAGAACCAGUCUCUGAUCAGGAUGCCCCCAUGGGUGAACAUUUGGCUGCUGGGCUCCAUCUGCCUCUCUAUGUCCCUCCACUUCCUUAUCCUCUACGUUGAACCUCUACCCAUGAUCUUCAAAUUGACCCCCUUGAACUUCACCCAGUGGUUUAUUGUCCUCAAGAUGUCCUUCCCCGUAAUCCUGUUGGAUGAGCUCUUGAAAUUUGUUGCCCGUAACUACCUGGAAGAAAAAGAAAAAAUACAUUAAAAGGAAUUCAGCGUUUGUCUGAAAUAAAAUCAGAUCUCAGCCCAAAUCUCCGUUCAAACUUUUCUGUUUCACAUUUUUUUCUCCCCGAAAAUCUUCCUUCUUUACCAAACAUCACUGCCAACCUUAUACCCUUUCGUGCCCCAAACCUGCCGAGUUUGAGGAUACCCAGGAUACGAGGGUUAUGGAUUUUUUGGGCUGUCUUUCUGGUUUACAUGUGCCUUUUAAAUCGUGCUUCCAUUGUGACCCCCCUUUUUAUAGCGCUCCCCUCUGUAUAACGCCAUGAAUUAUUCAAACCAUUAACGUAAAGAAGCUUUCACCCAGGUGAAGGACCCAAAAUCAUUUUCCUCGCCCCCGCCGGUGUUUUGUACACGCGGCGUCCUGUUCUAAUGCCCCAGCCCCCCGAGGGAGAUACAGCUUGUAGCAGAAAAAUGGAAGCCAGUUAUAACCAAAUGGAAACUGUUCUAGCUAUUUAUUAAAAUUAAACAAUAAGUUAAAAUCUCA